AGUUUAUCCUUCUGCUAUCAUUUUUGACAUUUAUCAGUGACAUUUUAAAUUAGAGGCAAUAUUUGAAUUUUUAAAUUUAAAUGCAUGUAUUUAAGUUAUAUAAUGAAUAAGGUCAUUUCAGUCCAUACAUUUCAAUGUUCUAAGUGCAAGUAAGAUCGAAUUCCUAACAGGUACUAUUCCAAUAGUUGUCGAAUAAAGAGAUCGCAUAUUCAUUUUGACGGCAACAGUUCCCUUGAAAACAUAUACCAUUAACGAAUAAUUUGAGCUUAUCUGAAACGAUAAAUCUACAAUUAUUGAAAGCGUGUGCGUAUGUUUGUAUCACACCACAUAUUGUGUUGUUGAAUAAGUUUCACUCGAAAAAAUGUCGCAGCAAUCUGAAGAGCAAUCAGAGAUAACUGAGCAACGAUCGCAAAGUCCUGCAGAAGACAAAAAGACAGCGUUUUGCGUCCUCCAAGUCCACUUUCCGAACCCAAGCGAAAAAAUAAAGACUUUCGAGUUUCUGCAAGCUUCAUUUGCAACAGUGUCGCUGAUCAACCGUUUUGGAAAAAUUUUUUCACCGGUCACCUACGAUAUGGGCGGCAAUAUUUCCAAACUAACUGGUAAAUAUGAAGAAGAUGAAAGUGCUCAUCUUUAUUUGGAAGAUAUGAUAUUAAAUGAACAUUCUGAAGGAGGGAUGGUUGCUGUGGAUGCUUUAUUAUGGCUCAGACGGGGUCUGAACUUCCUAUCCAUGUUCUUUCAACUGGUCAUAGAAGAUACAAUGUCAGAGAGGUGCGCUAGUGACCUGGCACCUUUCCUUCGCCGUGCGUACGUCGAAACCCUGGAGCCCUAUCACGGCUGGCUGGGCAUGCAACUGUUCAACGUACUGUCCAGAUUCGCGCCCUCUAGAAGGCAGUUGUUUUUCACGCUGGGACUGGAUAAAGACGACAUGGAGGAUGUGGUGCUGUUGCGUAUGAGAGCGUUUAAUAACAACUUGAGGGGAUGUGUUAGAAGGCUGGAAGUGUUUUAUCAGGAUACUGGGUUGGAAUCGGCUGCGAAUGUCUAGUUUUGUGUCUCGUACAAAAGGUCAAAUAAUAGAUCGCAAUGAUAGGAAGACAUGAAAGGUUUCUUUUUCAAAAAAUACCGUUUUUUUUUAAUUGUGCUAUUCUGAAUUCUAUAAUAACGGUGCAUAUAUUUCCUUUUUUUUAUAUUUCUUAUGGUUUUCGAAAUUCAUAUAGUAUUUAUUGUCCAAGACAUACUUGAUGGGAAAAUCCGCAUCUGUAGACCUUUUGAAAUAGAGUGAAUUAAAUUUUUUUAAUAGUUUCACUAUAGUAUAAUUUGUAAACUAUAGUUUUUUAUUAUAUUAUGUACAGCCACUUCAUUAUUGAUGUUAUACUACCUAAAUAUAUGGAUUAAUUUUAAAAUCUAAGUUGGAUUUUAUCAUUUACACUGACAGCUAUAGAUACGUAAAAAAUCUCAGCGUGUAUUUUACUGAUAAAUAGCAGAGCCUUUACUCCAUAGGCCCACGGGGCGCGGACCCUAGAACUAUCCAUAAAUGAUGUCUAUAUGCUUGAUAUUACUUUUCUGUUUGGAUUUCAAUGCCUUAUUCAUCGAUACAGAGACUUCCCCGAGGAUUUUAGAAUUCAUAUGGAUAUAGAAAACUACUAGGAUAACUUUUUCGGUACCUUUAUGCAAAAUUUUUAAGUAAUAAUUUAGUCGUUUGAAGCAACACUUGAGAUAUAUCAGGAAUUUUUGCUAUACCGAAAAUUUUAUAUACAUCAUUUCUG